CCACUUGUGCGCUCUCUGCACCUCAUGCCCCGUCCCCUUAUCCGUCCUCUCCUAACCUCUUUGACUAGAGAGAGAACACUUGCUCUCGCUUCUCUGCAUAAUCGUCCCAUAGAGAUGCUGAUACCUUGCUCGUAAUGCUUUGAUCUAUACUGAUUUCUCCACAAUUGGACCACCCUGAUUUUCUUACCAUACCGACAUCACAAGGCCACAACAAUGUCAGGCGGCGUUGGUCCCAUCAACGACAUUAGCCUCCCCAAAGACGACCGGCGACACCCCACCACACCACCCUCCUCCACCACCAUCAAGAGCGGCUUUCUCAGCUUCCGCCAGCUCAACUCCCUCGCCGUCAUCGUCGUCCUCGCUGCCAGCGGCUUGGUGGGCUUCCAGGACCUGGCCUUCCUCGUCCUCUCCCUCGUCUACAUCUACGUCCUCUCCGUCGUCGCCUUCCCCUGCCUCGGCCCCGGCCGGGAGCCCACCGUGUUCAACCCUAGGAACCGGGUCCUCCGCCUCUACGUCUCCUUCGCCGCCGUCAUAGGCCUCUUCCUCCCCAUCGCCUACAUCUUCGAGGGCAUCUACGAGGGCGACAAGGAGGGCAUCGCAGCCGCCGCUCCACACUUGUUCCUCCUGGCAAGCCAGGUGUUCAUGGAGGGCGUGGCGUUCUCGGCGCGGUUCUCCACACCGAUCCGGGUCUUCGUUCCGGUGUCGUACAACGCGAGGAGGAUCUUCACGCUGAUGGAGUGGUUGGAGAGUGAGUUCGGGAAGGAGGGCGGCGACCGCGGUGGGUCGGCGAGGAGGGUAUACGUGGGGAGGAUCCUUGCGGCGGCGAACAUGGCGUUGUGGUGCUUCAAUCUGUUCGCCUUCUUGUUGCCGGUGUAUAUGCCCAAGGCCUUCAAAAAGUACUAUGCUGCGUAUUACAAUGUCAAGGAUGUAUAAAAUGAAUUUAUAUUGCAUGGGAUCUUUGCGGUUUUUCUCAGAUCAUGGAAAGUGGGUUUGUAUAAAUAAUGAAGGGCCAUGGGACUGAAUUACUUGAGCUGCCUGUGCCAUAAGAAGUCGCGAUCAAGACCUACGGCUGAGUUUUCGUUUGGUUCGGGCUUUUGCUUCGUGGGUAGAAUGCCAUGUUUUCUUAUA